CACUCACACACGCGCACACUCACUCUCGCGCGCGCCCGUAAGCGGACUGCUCGGUAGCUCGCAGACACACGCAGGGUUCAGAUAACUUGUCUUACUAUGGAUGCAGAAGGAGGUUGUUGUGAAUAGGAGAUUUAGCGAAGGUUCACACCUGGACGGUGCUGAAACCUCCUCCUGCACUCGUGUGCGACAUUUGGUGAUCAAGGAAUACUGUUUUCACACGGUCAGAGGAUACCUGUGAUUUUUUUUAUUAUUAUUAUUUUAUUAUUGGAUUUUUUUUGCCAACUGCGGAACUUUUUGGGGAUAAGGAGUUUAUUUUCGAAGGUUUUGAAAGAUGUUGCUGUCCAAGUUUGGAUCUUUUUCUCAUAUUUGCAGCACAACUAAUAUUGACCAUUUGCCAGUGAAAAUUCAGCUCCAAGCAGCUAAAUCUGAGCGGGAGCCGUUUGAGAAGAUCUACCAUGUGGGUUCGGUGUUGGGGAGUGGAGGUUUCGGCACGGUGUACGCCGGCAGUCGGCUUGCAGACGGUUUGCCGGUCGCGAUUAAGCACGUGGCCAAGGAGAGAGUGACCGAAUGGGGCUCAGUUAACGGCUCCCUGGUUCCUCUGGAGGUCCUCCUGCUGAAGAAAGUGGGGAACUCGUUCCGCGGUGUGAUUAAACUGAUCGACUGGUACGAGAGGCCCGACGGCUGGCUGAUAGUGAUGGAGCGGCCCGAGAUGGUGAAGGAUUUGUUUGACUACAUCACCGAGAAAGGCGCUCUGGAUGAGGACACAGCCCGCGGCUUCUUCCGCCAGGUCCUGGAGGCUGUCCGGCACUGCUACAGCUGCGGAGUGGUUCACCGGGAUAUAAAAGAUGAAAACCUCCUGGUGGAUUUACGAACUGGAGACCUGAAGCUCAUUGACUUUGGAUCAGGGGCAGUUCUCAAGGACACCGUGUACACAGACUUCGACGGUACCAGAGUGUACAGCCCCCCAGAGUGGAUUCGCUACCACAGGUACCAUGGGAGGUCGGCAACAGUGUGGUCCCUGGGUGUGUUGCUGUACGAUAUGGUGUGUGGAGACAUACCAUUUGAACACGAUGAAGAGAUUAUGAAAGGCUCUCUCUUCUUCAGAAGGAGAAUCUCCCCUGACUGUCAGCAGCUCAUCAAAUGGUGCCUCUGCCUGAGGCCCUCGGACAGACCCACACUGGAACAAAUAUUUGAGCAUCAGUGGAUGCAUACAAAGAAAGACUCUAAAGCAGAGACUGGGGACAUCACUCUUCAUGUAAUCAACACAGAUUCCUCGUCAAGCACAAGCUCAAGCAAAGAGAGCCUCUGACGGAAAGGGAUAUACUGACACAUCGCUCUCACCCUGAAAUUGGUUGCCCGAACUUUAAGUUACACUUAAUUUAUUUUUCAGUCUUUUUCAUUUCAGAAGAAUGGAUUUUGCAUAGGAAUUGCAAAGCAGUGUUGCUAGCAAGCCUAUGAUUAUAUUUUUCGCUCUUAUAGAGCAUAGACUCAGACUUGUUUACUUCUUAAACUAUUAGUUCAGUGCCUUUUUCCUUCCCCAAAAGCUGCUUUUGUGAGACCUACAUUCUUUUCAUGAGGUCAGUCUCCCUCGCCCCCUUGUGGUGAAAAGUUGUCUCAACAGGCACACAUGCAAGACUGUGGACUUCAUUAUUUUCUGAGUGUGAAGUCAAAGUGGUGUGUUGCAGAACUCAUCUGGUGUUCAUCCACGAGUCCAACUCUACUGUUACUACAUACUGACUUUUGGUUAUACUUGGGUGGUGUGCACAAUCAAUGCAAUAUUCAUGGGUUACAGUUUUUUUUUGUUUAAAUACAAGUAUGUGUUGUAUUUAUGUAUAUUAUCUCCCAUGUAUAUUAUUUAUACAGAACAAACAUUCCACAUUCUGUGGCUAUUUAUUUAUUUAUUCAUUCAUUUUAUACCAUCUGCAAAAAGGAAAGGAUGCUAGAGUUGAUACCCCUGGUUUAUUUGUAGCUCAUUUUGAAGGCUUAAAGUUCAACUAAGCCUGUCUCUGGGGGACUAAGGUGAUUCCAUUCUAAUGUAAUAUGACUCAUUGUCCUCUAUCCAUACUAGAUGGAAGUAGCGUUCUGUAUUUCCACUGUGACUGUGGAAUUCUUUUUGCAUUCGUGAAAUGAUGCUGAGUUUAUUUUUUAUAACAAUAAAUUACUUUAAUAUGAAA